GGCCGUCAGGAGGGUCGCGUUUGUUUCCGGAAGUGCCCUCUCCCGCGCUGGGCCUAAGCGGAGGCGUCAGUUUGGCCUGACCCGCUUCGUCGCGGGGAGAGGCCAACGAGGAGCCCUGAGCCGCGGGGAUGGAGAUGACCAGGAGCAAUUUUAAGGAAAACCUUGGCAAAGUUUAUGAAGCUAUUGAGGAAGCAGACUUCUUGGCGAUUGAUGGAGAGUUUUCAGGGAUCAGUGAUGGACCAUCGGUCAGUGCACUAACCAAUGGCUUUGACACGCCUGAAGAAAGGUAUCAGAAACUGAAAAAGCAUUCCAUGAGUUUCUUGCUGUUCCAGUUUGGACUUUGCACUUUUAAAUAUGAUCUCACAGAAGCAAAGUACAUCAUGAAAUCAUUUAAUUUCUAUAUCUUUCCCAAACCUUUCAACAGAACAUCUCCAGAUGUCAAAUUUGUCUGUCAGAGUUCAAGUAUAGACUUUUUAGCAAACCAGGGAUUUGAUUUUAAUAAAGUUUUUCGCAAUGGAAUCCCUUAUUUAAAUCAAGAAGAGGAAAGGCAGCUACGGGAGCAGUAUGAUGAAAAGCGUUCUCAAGCCAAUGGUGUGGGGACUUUGUCUUACAUCUCCCCGAAUGCCACCAAAUGUCCUGUGACUAUUCCAGAGGACCAGAAGAAGUUCAUUGAGAAUGUAGUAGAACGAAUAGAAGAUCUCUUACAGAAGGAAGAAAGCACCAGCUUGGAGUUGGAGCCAUGCACAGGAUUCCAGAGGAAGCUGAUCUAUCAGAUGUUGAGCUGGAAGUAUCCAAAAGGCAUCCAUGUUGAAACUCUGGAAACGGAGAAGAAAGAAAGAUAUAUUAUUGUUAGCAAAGUGGAUGAAGAGGAGCGCAAACGGAGGGAGCAGAUGAAACAAGCUAGAGAGCAGGAGGAACUUAACGAUGCCGUGGGAUUUUCCCGAGUCAUUCAUGCAAUUGCCAAUUCUAGCAAGCUUGUGAUUGGCCAUAACAUGUUGCUGGAUGUCAUGCACACCAUCCACCAGUUCUACUGCCCCCUCCCGGAGGAACUUGGUGAAUUUAAAGAAGUAACGACCUGCGUCUUUCCAAGGCUCCUGGAUACUAAGCUGAUGGCCAGUACCCCGCCAUUCAAGGAGAUUAUCAGCAACACAUCUCUUGCAGAGCUAGAAAAGCGUCUAAAGGAGAGACCCUUCAGCCCUCCAAAAGUCGAAAGCGCAGAAGGAUUCCCGAGUUACGACACAGCCUCCGAGCAGCUUCAUGAAGCAGGUUACGAUGCUUAUAUAACCGGCCUGUGCUUCAUCUCCAUGGCCAACUUCCUAGGUUCCUUCCUCAGCCCUCCCAAGAACCCCAUGUCUGCCACAUCAAAGCUCAUUGAGCCUUUUUUCAACAAGUUAUUUCUGAUGAGAGUGAUGGACAUCCCAUAUCUCAAUUUGGAAGGACCUGACUUGCAGCCAAAGCGAGACCAUGUUCUUUAUGUUACGUUUCCAAAAGAGUGGAAGACGAGUGACCUUUACCAGCUUUUUAGCGCUUUUGGUAACAUUCAGGUCUCCUGGAUUGAUGAUACGUCGGCAUUUGUGUCACUUAGUCAACCCGAGCAAGUACAAAUCGCUGUUAAUACCAGCAGGUAUGCAGAAAGCUACAGGAUCCAGACCUACGCAGAAUACAUUGAGAAAAAGCAUGAAGAAAAGAGGCAAGGAAAGAGGAAAUGGACUGAAGACAGCUGGAAGGAGAUGGAAGCAAAGCGGUUAAAACCACAGGCUGUGCCCUAUGUCCUGCAAAGCCGGUACUGCAGUUUCACCAGUUUUACAGCAUCCAGUGCUGUGGGAAAGAGGAGUAUGAGUCCUAUUCAAGAGGAGAGUGGCUGUGACGAGGUCGAGGAAGCAACACAGGAUCCCUCUGACUCAUUUGAGGAAUCUGCAGAAGAGAAGAAGAAAAAGGCCAAGAAGUUCAAGAGAGCCAAAAGGGAGCAGGACUCAACAGGAGGUGUUGACAGUGCUUCCUCGGCACUUUUCGAAGUCCCUGACAUGUGGUAGCCGUCAGCUGUCCCAGCACAAAGCGGACUUUGGUUCAAAGUGAUCUGUGGCAUGUGUGCCUCAGAAGCCAUACUUUAUUUAAAUAAAGUGGGGUUUAUUUAAAACAAAAGGAAAAGAAGCAGCAGGAUGUCUUUUGGAAAUCAGUUUAAUUUUUUAAACUGUCUCCUGAACAAUCAUUGUCGCAGUUUUUGUGUGUGUAUACACGUCAGUUAUGUUGAUGUGAAAUAUUUGCUGUUGUAAGCACUAGACCUAAAAGCAAGAUGGGUGUUAGCUUGAAUCACCUUGAUACAGCAUGUAGCCCAUGAAAUCUGCCAGAGGAACCUGUCCGUGUUGUGAUUUCGCUCUUCCGCUUCCUGUCGUGUGCACAGGCCCUCAUACACCAUUCAGCCCUAUCAGUCACUUAACGCUUCCUCUAUUGAUUUCCAGCAAACACAGUGUGCCUCAGCCAGCUUCUCACCCUCCCGCAAUGAAAAUAAUGUUAAACUGAUCAUCUUUUGGGAAAUGUGGUCCUAAACUUCACAUUUUGUUUGGGAGUCAUAGGCUAGGGAGAGCAGGAAGUGAAUGGGUGGCAUGGUCUUCUUUCCCAGCUCCUGUUACCUUAGCUUGGGGGGGGGGGAUCUAUUUCAAAGCACAGACAAGAAGCCUGUGACAUUCACCAGCCUCCCUUCGUCUAAAAAAAAAAAAGUCUGCUUUGGUAGAUUUCAUAAACUUUGUUUCAUAUUUAACAUUUUUUGUAUCAUGGAAUUAAGAAUGAAAAAAAAUGUAUUUCCAUAAAAUGAAAAUUAAAGAAUUUUUUUCUUAGGAACCAAAAAUGGUUAUUUC